AUGUUAAAUUUCAAAGAGUUUCAACACUCUCCUUUGACAACCACAGCUCCCAGUACAAAUUCUAGCAUUACUGCUAUAACUGCAAACACUACAACUACACCAACUACACCUACAACUGUGGAGUCAACGAUAAGAAGGCGACUGACUUUUCGGACUGCUGAGACCUUCACAACUGAUUUACUGAACCUGUCUUCUACAGCAUUUAGGAAUCGAGCUGCACUUUUAAAGUCCAAUCUUGAACCAUUCUGCAGGAAUGAGUUUCCUUCAUUGCGUAACUUCACUGUGAUUUCAUUCAGCAAUGGGUCAAUUGUCAACAACAUUGAUCUUGAAUUUGCAACAGCAUCCGCUCCUAAUAACACUAAAAUUGUGGACGUUUUGGUCAAAGCAGUUUCAAACAUCACAGUUUUUGUUAUUGACAAAGGUUCGAUUGUCGUGGAUGUCACAUAUCCUGAAAAUGCCAAAGCCUUCAAAGCAUCCAAUCAAGAUGAGACCAGCAUCACUCUGCAGUGGAAUGAAAUAAACAACAAUAUCAGCUUUAUUCUCCAGUUUAAUGGCAGAGAGACAUCCAUCAGAGCACCAGAUGGAGAUGGACCAGUAAACCACACAGUGUCAUCUCUCAGUCCUGGAACCAAAUACACAUUCACUCUCUUCUCUGUGUUUAACAAUAUCAGGAGCAGUGGAGUACAGCUUGCAGCUGCCACUGCUCCUAUAAAUGCAGAUGACUUCAGAGCAUCUAGUCAAGAUGAGACCAACAUCACUCUGCAAUGGAAUAAAAUAAACAACAAUAUCAGCUUUAUUCUCCAGUUUAAUGGCAGAGAGACAUCCAUCAGAGCACCAGAUGGAGAUGGACCAGUAAACCACACAGUGUCAUCUCUCAGUCCUGGAACCAAUUACACAUUCACUCUCUUCUCUGUGUUUAACAAUAUCAGGAGCAGUGGAGUCAGCAUUACAGCAGCUACAAGUCAGAUCAGGUUAGCUGGUGCUGGAUUUUCUCGAUGUUCUGGAAGAGUUGAAGUCUACCACAACAGUACCUGGGGAACGGUCUGUGAUGAUAACUGGGACUUAAAUGAUGCCAAUGUGGUCUGUAGACAGUUGGACUGUGGAACGGCAGUGAAUGCUAAAAUUCAAGCUUUCUUUGGUCAAGGAACAGGACAGAUCUGGCUUAAUGAUGUUUCAUGUUCUGGGAAUGAAGCUUCACUUACACAGUGUGGGCACGGAGGAUUUGGGACACGCGACUGUGGACACUGUGAGGAUGCUGGUGUCAUCUGUUCAGAUCAGAUCAGGUUAGCUGGUGCUGGAUUUUCUCGAUGUUCUGGAAGAGUUGAAGUCUACCACAACAGUAUCUGGGGAACGGUCUGUGAUGAUUAUUGGGACUUGAACGAUGCCAAUGUGGUCUGUAGAGAGUUGGGCUGUGGAACAGCAGUGAAUGCUAAAAUUGAAGCCUUCUUUGGUCAAGGAACAGGACAGAUCUGGCUUGAUGAUGUUUCAUGUUCUGGCAAUGAAACUUCACUUACACAGUGUCGGCACAGAGGAUUUGGGACACACAACUGUGGACACAUUGAGGAUGCUGGUGUCAUCUGUUCAGAGCUUGAAAAUACAGAUGGAUUCAAAGCAUCCAGUCAAGAUGAGACCAGCAUCACUCUGCAGUGGAAAAAAUUAAACAACAAUAUCAGCUUUGUUCUCCAGUUUAAUUGCAGAGAGACAUUCAUCAGUGCACCAGAUGGAGAUGGACCAGUAAACCACACAGUGUCAUCUCUCAGUCCUGGAACCAAAUACACAUUCACUCUCUUCUCUGUGUUUGAGAACAUAAGAAGUAGAGGAGUACAGCUUACAGCUGCCACUGCUCCUAAAAAUGCAGACGGCUUCAGAGCAUCCAGUCAAGAUGAGACCAGCAUCACUCUGCAGUGGAAUAAAUUGAACAACAAAAUCAGCUUUGUUCUCCAAUUUAAUGGCAGAGAGACAUCCAUCAGUGCACCAGAUGGAGAUGGACCAGUAAACCACACAGUGUCAUCUCUCAGUCCUGGAACCAAAUACACAUUCACUCUCUUCUCUGUUUUUAACAAUAUCAGGAGCAGUGGAGUCAACAUUACGGCAGCUACCAGCUCCAGAGCUACAUGUGGUCAAUCAUCCAGGGUUUGCAAAUGUACACUGGUGUCUGAUUCAUGUAAACAAACAUCGAGAUCUUCUCUACUCAAACAGCAAGACUUUACAAGAGUUGCAUCUUUCACAUCUGUUGAAGACCCUUUAACAAGGGACUUACUGAACUCAUCUGUAACCUUCAAUAAUAUGUCUUCCCUGAUAAAGACACAGCUUGAACCAUUCUUCCAGAAAAAGUUUUCUUCUGCCUUCUUCUCCAUGGAGGUUUCUACAAUUAGUAAAAGCUCACUUGUCCACACCGUGAACCUUAAGUUCAGAGGCACGUCUGUUCCUGACGAUAAUGAGAUACGGGAUGUUUUGAUGGAGGCGGCUUCGUCUGUCGUCGACUUCAGAAUCGAAACGAAAUCGAUCAGCAUUCUUGGCAAAACUUGAGGUGUGGAAAACCUGAAGAUCGGCCUCGAGUCACUAUGGUUUAAACCAAAUGCACAAGUGCAUGUUAUUACAUAUUACUCCUUGUACUAAAGCUUAAUGUCUAUAAAAAUACAAUUAUUGUGCUGUAAUAAUUGGAUUUAGACAUGUAGCAAUUAUUUUAUUUGCUGCUGAGGGGAAGGCAUGCUUUAAACAUUUAUGUUCUACUCAAACAUUAACUGUUUAUGUAAUUUUAUGGUCUUUUCUGAGUAAAAAUGAAAAAAAAUCAAUUGUGAUUAAAAAUGUAACUUAUAUCUUGAGAUGCUUCUAAGCCUUGACUAACUCCUAUUAAGCUUAUAAUAUUUAUAAAGUUGUAUUCAAAGAGUGCUU